UUAACGUAUAUUGAGGAAUCAUUGGAAAAUUUGAAAGAUGAAAUACAAGAUGUCGUGAUGAUUGAUCUUUCCGCUUAUGAUUUAGAUAAUGAUAGUGUACUUGAAAUGAUACAUGUUAAAUAUAACGCUGAGAUAAUUGGAAAACGCAUGUUUAUCAAAUAUGACGGAAAAUUAAAGCAAAGAAUUCAUCGGAGAUUAGCACAUUCUGCAGAAACUCAUAAUCCAAAUUGGGAUGUGGAUGAGACCGGAACGUGUACGACAAGGAAUCGUGAUACUUUUCUGCCCGACGUUGGCAUAUGGUUCCAAUUAGUGACUAAGGCACAACGGGUAACUCCCAUUAAAGCACGAUGUCCGCUCCCUAACGUAUGGAUUGGGGUCUUUUUUAAUAGAGACCCAGACCGUAGCCACGCUUUGUCAAAUAUUGAUUUAAUCCAACGACAAAACUUGGGUAUUGAAUUUGUAUGUAUUGCUCUUCCUUUUUCAACUGCCAAUUUUCCGCAAAAUCCAAAUCCUGGGGCAGCUACAGUACAAGCAACACCUACAGCAAACCAAAAUUCAAGGCCCACUAGAGCACCGUAUAUUAUCCAUUGGAACGCGAAUAAUGUUCCAGUUUACUAUAAAAUGAGUUGGAAUAAUCACAUCAUCCUCAGAUGUGGCUGGGCUCUUGAUUUCAAUCUUGUCCUAAACGUACUUGCAAUGUGAUCAUUAUUAUUUAAACGUCUUUAUAUUUGAAGCUUAUGUAAAAAAGUUUGCGUUCAUUUUACUGCAAAGUAGAAAAAAAAUAGCAAAAAAUCAUACAUGCAAAUUAUGUUAAAUAAAAUUAUAUAUGCAAAAUGUCGCAAUAAAUAAAUACAAU